AUGGCGAAGAAAGGGUAUACAAAAGAGGACGCGAUUGAUUUGAUCUUUGAGGACACCUGGGAAGAGGCUGACCAUGACUCUUCAGACCCGGAGUCUGUUUAUUCAGACGUUGAGGAGGCGUAUGCUGCUGGCGUUGAUCCAGACGUGUAUUGUGUGGCUUCUCCAGUUACCUAUGAAGAAGCAAAUGGGCCAUCCACAUCGAACACAACACCACCUCAGAGGGGCCGUAGCUGUGGGCGCAUUCAUGGCCGUGAGGAAUCGCGUAGCCUCUCACCAGGAUCACAUGAUGGAAGAUGGAACACUGAGGCAGAUCCUGAUCUAGUGCCCAAUGUUCCAAGGUUUACUCCUAAAAGAACACCUGGAGUGCAGCCUCCACUCACAUUUGGAAAAUGGUCUCCACUUGAUAUUUGCAGUCAGUAUUUUGACGAAGAGGUCAUAAACAUCUUGUGUGCAAACACAAACAAGAAUGCGAUGAGAAAUCUGGAGAGGGGUAGGAAAUUCACAUGGGCUGAUGUAUACCCUGAAGAAAUGAAGAAGUACAUAGGUCUGCUUCUCUACAUGGGUGUGAUGGAUCUGCCAAAAGUGAGGGACUUCUGGAGGAAGAAGACCUUGUUUCACGUUCCCUUUCCCUUUCCCGCUACUGUGAUGUCCAGGGAUCGUUUCUUGGCAAUCUCCUGCAAUCUGCACAUCAGUGGUCCAAUGGAAGAUGCAGAGAAUGACAAGAAAAGGGGCACAGAGGAAUAUGACUGUCUCCACAGAGUGCAACCAGUCUUGGACAUUAUGAGGAACAGGUGCAUGUCUGUUUACCACCCUAGACAGAACAUUUCUGUUGAUGAGAGGAUGAUUGCCACCAAAGCCAGGAUAUUCUUCAAGCAAUAUAUGAAGGCCAAGCCUACUAAGUGGGGCAUAAAACUUUUUGUGUUAGCUGAUGUCAACGGCUACACCGUUGACUUCAAAAUCUACACCGGGAAGUCAAAAUUUGCAUCUGGGAAAGGCCUGUCUUUUGAUGUUGUCACGUCACUGGUGAACCGAGACUACCUGGGGUCAGGCUAUGUGAUUUACUGUGACAAUUUCUACACAAGCCCUCUCCUCUUUCGACAUCUGCACCAGCUGGGAUUCGGUGCAUGUGGAACUUGUCGAGAAGGAAGUGUUGGUGUUCCUUCAACCAAACAAAAUGCCCCGAGCAAAAGGUCACCAAGAGGCUCCAUUCGCUGGAUCAGAGACGAUGUCCUUUUGUUUGUGAAGUGGAUGGACACAAGGGAGGUCACCAUGUGCACAAUUGUCCACACGGUGUACAGCGGGGAGACCGUGCUGAGGUGGCAGACGACAGAGGAUGGGCAAAAAGAGAAGGUCCCUGUUCCCAGGCCAACAGCAGUUCAACAGUACAAUAAGUACAUGGGGGGAGUUGACACCUCUGAUCAGAUGCUCGGAACAAAUUCGGUGCACCGUAAAACACGGAAGUGGUACAUGACAAUUUUCCAGCACUUCCUAGACAUUGCAGUGACCAACAGCUUCAUUUUACACAAAGAGCUGUGUGCCAUCCACCAUGACAAGCACAUGACACAACAAAACUUUCAGGAGCUGCUAGCUGCUCAGCUCACAGGUGUUCCCCUGGAUAGCAGCCCCAAAGAGCGAUGCGAUCAUCUGCCUGUUCCUCUUGAGGAGUUCAAUGUUGCAGCAGGUCUGAGAGUCGCCUUGAGGAAGGAGAUCUCAAGCUGA